CUUUUCUUAACAACGAAAAUAAUUAUUGCUGUUUAAAAUGCAUAACAUAAGAUCAAUUUUUACAAAGAAAAAUACCAAUCAUCGUGAAUCUAUAAUUAGAAAUAGAUGUCCUUUGCAAUAUCCAGCAGCAAUAACUGCGUGCCUGAUACGACUUGGAUUUGGAACAAUUAUUUACUGGCCAUCACCGUCAAUACCACAUCUAACCUCGUCUAAUUCCAAAUUUACUAUAACAACAGAUGAAGCUUCUUGGGUAGUGUCACUAUCCAGUAUUGGAAAUAUUAUCGGCUUCCUCCUUUACCCCGUGUUCGUCAAUAGAAUAGGACGAAAGUAUACUAUGCUACUGUUUGCUAUACCACAAGUUUUCUCAUGGCUCAUAAUUUAUUAUGCAUCGAAUGUACAUCAUCUUUAUAUUGCGAGAAUUCUUGCUGGAAUGGGAUAUAGUGCUGCAUAUGUUGUGGAUAUUAUCUAUGUGGGUGAAAUUGCAAAAAAAAAUAUCAGAGGCUUUCUAAUUAUUCUAGGAAAAAUAUCCUUCUGUCUAGGAUCAUUAAUUGUCGUUGCAUUGGGUGCUUUUGUUUCCUACGAUAAUAUGAAUCUGAUCCUAUUCUUAAUAUCCUUAAUUUUCAUUGUAACAUUUUCCUUUAUGCCAGAAUCUCCUUAUUUUUACAUUAAAAUCAAUAGAGAUGAGGAUGCGUUAAAAAGUCUAGCUAAGUUACGAGGGGCAAGAGACACAAAUUCCUUGAAGCAAGAAAUUGAAACUAUGAAGGAAGGUGUUGGGGAAAAUGUUUCGAAAACCUAUUUUCUAAAAAAACUGUUUGGAAAUAGAAGUAAUCUAAAAGCAUUUCUUAUCAGCACUCUGUCGUUUUUAGCUUUCUCAUUUUCUGGAUCAACAGCAAUUGCAUCUCAUACGCAAAUAGUCGUUGGACACUUUGAAAGUCCUUUAAAACCCGAACAAGCGAGUGUUUUGAUAAUGAUAGUAGCAUUAGUUUCGUCAAUUGUGAUAUCCCCCAUUCCAGAUUGGCUCGGACGAAGAAUUCUCACUUUAUGGUAUGGAAUCAUCGUUGGAUUAAGUUCAUUUAUUAUCGCUGGGUUAUUUUUUUAUAAAUUUCAUUUUAAUGGAGAUCUUUCAUCCAUUUAUUGGAUUUCAUUUGUUCUGUUCUUUAUUUAUGUUGUCUUCAGUGGUGGGGGAUUAUUUUGUCUUAGUCAUAUUCUCGUAGCAGAACUUUUUUCACUUCAAAUCAAGAGUUCAGCUACUUGUUUAAUUCAUAUAUUAUGGUCAAUUAUAGAAUUUUGUGUUCAGUUGAACUUUGAACAAUUAAUGAUAGUUUUUAAAAUAUAUGGAUUAUUUUUUAUUUAUAGUAUUAUGACUCUGGUUAUAACAUUCUCUAAUUAUUUAAUUAUGCCUGAAACAAAAGGAAAGACUUUAGAGGAAAUACAAAAUUUACUGGCUAAAACGUAGUUAUUAAAAUAUAAGAAAUACUUAAUCU